GUUUGGCGUCGUCGCAUUUCUUUGGAGUUCACAAGUCCUUGAUAUAAACAAGUUGGACAAGUAGUUCCAAAACGAGGGAAGAUGAUCCGGCUAGUUCUAAGGGACUGUGUUGCGCAGGUCUACUUGCAUUGUCUCAUUGUUGCCCAAGCAGCCAUUGCAUGCAGACGCUGCAUUUGAUGCGCCACGUUCCAGGGUCAAAGUCCCUUGCACAAGCCAAGAAAGGGGUGGACUUAGUUGUGGCAAUGGGCAAGAAGCUGAUUGGAAGGAUUCCUCACAGCCAAGAGUGGACGUUAGAGCUUCGACGAAUCACCGAAAAAGUGAAUUUGGAAAUCCCUUCGCUCGAGCUUCCCAUCGCCCCCUCCUUUGAGAUCCGUGACCGACAGGGGCAAGCCGUCGGACUCGAGUUGAGCGCCGUGUGUCCGGCACAGUUUCCCAUCGAAGUGCUCCUCAUUGCACCGAACGUGGACCUGGACCUUGACCAGGUGCUUCCUCGUGAUGACGCCCGCUUCAGAGAAGCUGAGCAAGUCAUGCCAUUGAAUCGAGGGACCUUUAGCCAGGUGCUGCGCAAGAUGGACAUGGUACGUGAGAAGGUGGUCGUGGUGAAGCAUUUGUCCAUCGGCCUCAUGUGGGAUGUCGGAGCCUUCCCUUGGGAGCGGGAGGUAACAGCUUUGAUGGGCUUAAAGCAUCCGAAUAUCGUGACACUCCUUGAGGAGCCAAUUUCGAUGAAGGAUUCCAUCCACUUGGUGCUGGAAAACAUGGAUGAGGACCUACGGCAAUAUAUCAAGAGGACACGGCCUUUGACGCUGAUCUCCUUGAGGCGUGCCUGGUUGCAGAUUCUGCGCGGAGUCUAUCACAUGCACAAGCUCAACUGGCUGCACAGGGAUCUGAAGCCCCAGAAUAUCCUGGUGAAUUGGAAGACACGCACCUUGAAGGUCGCAGACUUCGGCUUGAGCCGGAGGCAGACCAUUCAGAGCCUAGAAUGUUUUGGAUGGACUGGCACGGCUGGCGCGGGACCGCGCCAUCUGACCCAGGAAGUGGUGACCUUGUGGUAUCGGGCGCCCGAAGUUUUGUUGGGAGGUCACUACGACAAAAGUGUGGACCUGUGGUCCCUGGGAUGCAUUUUUGGCGAGAUGGUCACGCAAUGGCCACUCUUCGCCGGCGACUCCGAGCUUGGGCAACUCAUGUGCAUCUUUCAGAUGCUGGGGACUCCCUCGAACCAGUCCUGGCCGGGAGUCCAAUCUCUGCGGCACUACAGUCCUCACUUCCCCAAGUGGAGUGAAGGACGCUUGGCGGAGAUGCUCACUGGCAGGCAGGGGCUGUUGUUUCGGAGAUGGUUGGCUCAGGGGCUGUAAGGGAUGCUUCUCCACUGAGUGUGAAAGUCGGAUUGGGAGAGGCCAUUUCUGCAUGCUGUUCUGGAUGGAACCUUGAAGCCUUGCCCCUCGCAGCGGACCUCAUCUCGUCAGUUGCUGCGGAUGAUGGAACGCUGGACAGGUCAUGAAAUUGCCAGUGAAGUCUUUGCCAUUUGCUGCGGAAUCGCUGCCCAACGUGGGCCUUUCACAUUGACUGCUGGGUAUGGAGUUCCGGAACUCCAGUCUUUGAUGAGACCUCCAUUCCGAUCCUUUCCGCAGGUCUUCUUUCGCAAAAUCCUUUCCUUCAGCUAUGCCUUUUUCUGACCAGGCUUGCAGCAGAUCUGUGCCUGUCGAUUGCAUCUAAUUCAACUCUUGGAAUCCCUUAGCUCUGGGCUGCAAUGGUUGGCCUCGUGUGGCUUUGCCACGCAUCGUUCCCUUAUAAGCCUCUAGAGGUAUCGUUUCAAGCAGCCUGACCAGAGUCAUGGUCAGCUCUCGCAUAGGUUACUCAGAGCAUCUUAGAGCUAGAAUACGUUCUCCUGGAGAACACUGCAUAGAGUGGGAUUCUACAAAGGCCCUUGGACCAAAAGGCCUUCGCCGAGGACGAUUUUUUCCUUGAGUUGGCAUGCUUGUGCGCCUUUCAUCUCCAGAUUUUUCUUUCGAACACCGAG